AUGGAUGUCGACGACGAGAGUCGAGUCAGUGAUAGAGAUGGGGACGAUCAGGAUCACGUGGAGGAGGAGGAGGAGGAGGGAGAUGGCGACGAGGACGAUGGAGGGUCAGAUGGUGAACGAGACGAUGAGGAUGAGGGCGAACGAGAAGGGGAAGGAGAAGGAGAAGGAGAUGGAGAUGGAGAUGAGGAAGAAGAGGAAGAAGGUGGCGAAGAAGAAACUGGUGAAAAUGCUGCAAAUGUAGAGGUCGAAUCAGUUCCGAAGAAGAAGGGCCGUGGAAGACCGCCUGGAAGCAGCAAGAAAAAGAGACUGUUGGAAGGUACUCCAUUAGGAGACGAUGAAAGUGGGGUCGAUGGAGUAUCAGAACCAGGCACACCCAGUAAAAGAGGACCUGGUCGAGGAAGAGGACCAGGACGUAAACCCAAGCGGUUUGGAGGAAGUAGCUCGAACAGCAGUCAAAGCCAGAUGGUCGAUGAAGACGGGAAUAUUCUGACAGUGGAAAACGAUGAGUUUGUACUUGAAGAAGAUCCUGAAGGAGAGAAGAAAAUUACACCGUUGGGAGAGUUACAAGGAGGACGAGAGUUCCGAGUACGGACAUUCACAGUCGAGGGACGAGGCGACAGGUUAUACAUGUUGUCAACCGAACCUGCCAGAUGUAUGGGGUUCCGAGACUCAUAUUUAUUAUUCCAGAAACACCGUAAAUUGUAUAAACUGGUGAUCAGUGACCACGAGAAGUUCCAACUCAUCGACAGAAACCUGAUUCCACAUUCAUAUAAAGGCCGAUCAAUAGGACUUGUGACGGCGAGAUCGAUAUUCCGAGAGUUUGGUGCCAGGAUAAUCGUCGGUGGUAGACAUGUGGUUGACGAUUAUUAUGAACAAGCAGCCAGAGACGCUGGAUAUGUCGAGGGAGAGAUAGCUGAAGUUCCUGAAGACCGGACGGGUGUUCCUGAUGUGUAUAACCGGAAUCAGUAUUCAAACAUGUAUCACCAAACAGCAGGAGCAUUUUCAGGACGUGACGGAGUCAAAGAUGCAUCUUUACUUCACGCGUCCAAACGACGGAAAGUGCUUGUUACCGACGAGAACUGGAAACUCGAGCAUGCCCGGUCCGCCAGCGCGUAUAAUAAAAGUCUCAUUGAAAGACGCAGUCCCUCGUGGUCCGUCCACGGUACUUAUGAACCCCACACGGGUAUUUCUUUCUAUCCUAAAGCAUCUCAGCCCACUCAAGCAGUUUGGACACGAGUUCCUACACGUCAAAGUGCCAAUAGCACCACCACUAAAACAGUCCAGUCUGGAAACGAGUCGUCACAAGUCGUCAUUGACACCGUCAUGACCAUGCCCAACCAGGCCCACCGGGCCGGGCUUGUCAACGUUGACCCGUCCAUCUUCGAAACGGCCACUCCCGAAAUCAAACUCGCUAUCCUCGAGCAACAGGCCUACGAACGCCAAUGGCUCAAUAUUGUACAGUAG